CUUCUGCUUACAACAAGUAGCUAAGCUAGCGAAGUAACAAUACAGCUGUUCGAUUUUUGGAAUGCAUGGUAAAUCGUACGUUUUGCUGAAGAUGGUGGAUGUGGCUGCUUGGUAAUGCGAUGAAGGGACUUCACUUUCCGAGAUUUGUGCUGCAGAGAUCAUCCACAGACCUGACGACCUGCUGCUGCUGACAAGCCGGGAGAGCAGUUGGGGAGACGCCGGGUAGAUUGAGCAGGCACUUCCCUGGAGACUAAAGCCCUCGUUUCUUUGCGGAGGGAAUCAUGCAGUUUGCAAUCUGGCUAGUUGGGCUCCUGUGUCAUCUCUCAGCACUCAUCUGGAAUUCCAUGGAAUUUAGAUUUCAUCCCAAACAAGAAAACUUCAUCAAACAGCUGUCAUCUUAUGAAAUUAUCACGCCUAUCCGUGUGAAUGGUUUUGGAGAAACAUUUCCAACCACGCAGCACUUCAGGAGGAAGCGCAGAAGCUUAAAUUCAGACUUUUGGGGGUCAAGAACUCAUUACAAAAUUGAUGCCUUUGGGGAGCACUUCCACCUCAACCUCAGCGCUGACUCCAGAUUUAUCGCACCGGCCUACAUGGUUUCACAUUUAGGGGCAGAACACAGCAACAGGUCGAAUUUACAGGAAGAUAGCUCUGAGAUAAGACAUUGCUUUUUUAAUGGGCAUGUCAAUGCUAAAAGCGAAUACACCGCUGUUUUCAGCAUCUGCACUGGCCUUAUUGGCACAUUUAGAACCCACAAUGGUGAAUAUUUUUUAGAACCACUCUUGAAAUCGAAUGGAGAAGAUUAUGAAGACGAACACAACAAACCUCAUCUCAUGUACAGACAAGAAAUAAAGAAAGAAAAAACACUGGAGGAAAAAGUUAAACCAUGUGCAGCUUCAGAAACAAACAUCAGGAAACAAAUUAAGUUUCAGGACAAGAACAGCAUUGGAGAGCAUCUGCAUUCUAUCCAUGAAGCCAUGAUUUCAGAACAGUUUUCAAGCCACGAAUCCAGCUUGAAUAAUGGAUCCCGUUCCCAUUCACGGCACAAGAGAUUUUUGUCAUAUCCAAGGUUUGUGGAAGUGAUGGUAACUGCAGACGCCAAAAUGGUAAACCAUCAUGGGGCAAACUUGGAGCACUACAUCCUAACACUUAUGUCAGUAGUGGCUGCAAUUUACAGAGAUCCAAGCGUUGGAAAUCUUAUAAAUAUUGUGGUUGUGAAAUUAGUUGUUGUCCACCAUGAACAGGAAGGACCUUCUGUCAGUUUCAAUGCGGCAACUACCCUCCACAAUUUUUGCGUGUGGCAGCAAACACAAAAUGUUGUAGAUGACACCCAUCCUUCACACCAUGACACAGCUGUUCUCCUCACCAGGGAGGACAUCUGCAGAGCACGGAACAAGUGUGAUACCUUAGGCUUAGCUGAACUCGGUACAAUGUGUGACCCCUUCCGUAGCUGUUCCAUUAGUGAAGAGAAUGGUCUUAGUGCUGCAUUUACCAUUGCCCAUGAGCUGGGGCAUGUGUUUAACAUACCUCAUGAUGAUAGUUUUAAAUGCAAAGAAGCUGGGGUGAAACAUCAAUACCACGUCAUGGCCCCAACACUCAACUACAACACAAGCCCAUGGUCAUGGUCCAAGUGUAGUCGCAAGUACAUCACUGAAUUUCUUGACACUGGAUAUGGAGAAUGUCUCCUUGAUGACCCGGUUAGUAGAACAUAUGAACUUCCUUCUCAACUUCCUGGUCAGCUGUACAACGCCAACAAACAGUGUGAACUCAUGUUCGGACCAGGAUCACAAGUUUGUCCCUACUUGAAGCAGUGCAAGAGGCUGUGGUGCACAAGUGCAGAAGGGGUUCACAAGGGCUGUCGCACGCAGCAUAUGCCUCUGGCUGACGGGACUGAUUGCGGCCAUGGGAUGCACUGCCGACAUGGACUUUGUGUGAAUAAAGAAAUGGAGCUGCGCCCUGUGGAUGGGGAAUGGGGGCCCUGGGGACCAUACAGUGCCUGCUCCCGAUCAUGUGGAGGGGGGAUUAGAAGUGCAGCUAGAGACUGCAAUAAACCAGAGCCAAAAAAUGGAGGGAAAUACUGUGUUGGGCGUCGAAUGAAAUUCCGCUCCUGCAACACUGAACCAUGUCCAAAAGGCCAGAAAGAUUUCCGAGAGGAGCAGUGCUCAGAAUUUGAUGGCAAACAUUUCAAUAUCAACGGUCUACCUCCUACUGUACGCUGGAUACCAAAAUAUAGUGGCAUUCUAAUGAAGGAUCGGUGUAAGCUGUUCUGCAGAGUUGCAGGAACCACUGCUUACUAUCAACUUAAGGACCGUGUGGCCGAUGGAACCCAGUGUGGACCAGAGACGAAUGACAUCUGUGUACAAGGCUUGUGCAGGCAAGCCGGAUGUGAUCAUGUGCUGAAUUCCAAGGCGAGGAGAGAUAAGUGCGGAGUCUGUGGUGGCGAUAACUCCUCCUGUAAGACUCUGGCUGGUACUUUCAACAGUGCUCAAUAUGGUUAUAAUGUUGUUGUGAGAAUUCCUGCAGGAGCUACCAGCAUUGACAUCAGACAGCACAGUUACUCUGGGAAGCCAGAGGAUGACAACUACCUCGCAUUAUCUGACAGCCAGUCCACUUUUAUUUUAAACGGGAACUUUGUGGUGAGCAUGUUUAAACGGGAAAUCACCUUUCAGGGGACCGUCAUUGAAUACAGUGGAUCAGACACUAAUGUGGAACGCAUUAACUGCACUGAAAAAAUAGAGGAAGAGCUGGUUCUGCAGGUCUUAUGUGUGGGAAAUUUGUACAACCCUGACGUGCGUUACUCUUUUAACAUACCAAUUGAGGACCGCAAGGAGCAGUUUGUGUGGGACUCCUACGGCUCGUGGCAGGAAUGUAGCAGUAUGUGUCAAGGUGAACGGAAGAGGAAAGCAGUAUGUGUGCGCAAGAGCGAUCACCUGGUUGUGUCGGAACAGAGAUGUGAGCAUUUGCCCCAGCCUGCCCUUGCCACAGAGCCCUGUAACACAGAAUGUGAACAAAGGUGGCAUGUAGUUGGUAAAAGUGAGUGUUCUGCUAAGUGUGGCCCAGGAUAUAGAACUCAAGACAUCCAGUGCAUGAAGUACAGUGCAUCCAAAGGGCAGAGUGUUCCAGUAGAAAGUAGGUUCUGCAGUGACCAGCUGAAACCUCAAGUCAGAGAGCCUUGCCAUGGAGACUGUCACUUGACCAGCUGGCAUUACUCCUCAUGGUCACAGUGUUCGAAGACCUGUGGAAGGGGCACCAGGACUAGAGAUUCUUACUGCAUGAACAACCUUGGACGACGUCUCGUUGACAGAGAGUGUAAUGAACACCAGAGAGUUGUAACUCAGACCUGUAAUGAUAUUUCCUGUCCAGAGUGGGCUACCAGUGAAUGGUCAGAGUGUCUCGUGACAUGUGGGAAGGGUGUGAGGCAUAGACAGGUAUGGUGUCGCCUGAAUGAAGAUCGCUUGAGGGAUAACCUCUGUAACGCAAACAGCAAGCCAGAGGCUGUAGGAGCUUGUGAACUUCCAGAGUGCGCCUCCUGGCAGGUUGGGGUCUGGGGAGUGUGUGCUGUGACCUGUGGGCAUGGCUAUCAGAUGCGGGCUGUAAGGUGUGUAGCUGGAACAUAUGGGGAGGCUUUAGAUGACAGAGUGUGCAAUGCUGCUUCCCGACCAAGAGAUAACCAGGAAUGUGAGAUGCCUGCUUGCCCCGAAUCUCCCAAAGUUUUUUCUACCUCCCUUCCUGGCACUCAAAGGGGAUUCAUGACACAGUGGAGAUAUGGAUCUUGGACUCCAUGCUCCGUUACAUGUGGGAAAGGGAAGCAGGCUCGCUAUGUGAGUUGCAGAGAUGCUCAUGGAGGGGUAGCGGAUGAGUCGUAUUGUGCACACCUGCCUCGUCCACCAGAAAUCUCCACCUGCUUCAGUCCAUGUGGUCAGUGGCGCGCUGGCGAAUGGUCAACUUGCUCAGUUACCUGCGGUUAUGGGAGGUCAACACGGCAGGUGGUUUGUAGUGACUACCACCAUCAGAUUGAUGAAGACCUCUGUGAUCCAGAUGACCGCCCAGCCUCAGAACAGGAAUGCAUCGCAACUCCGUGCCCUUCCCUGUUUCAUCUGUUUCCUAGCAACCAGCCGGCACAUUUCCCUUCUGUUGACUACCAGCGCCCCCACCUGGAUCACCCUCCCCAGGACAGUGCCAGCCACAAUAAUUGGAAUGUGCUGUCUGCAGACAACCAGUGGAGGACUGGCCCUUGGGGAGCAUGUUCCAGCACUUGUGCUGGAGGAUUCCAGCGUCGGGUUGUAGUGUGCCAGGAUGGAGAAGGACGAACCGCAAACUACUGUGAUGAAAGAAUAAAACCAGCAGAGUCGAGAAGCUGUGAUUCCGGACCGUGCCCUCGCUGGAACUAUGGGAGCUGGGGAGAGUGCACUCAGACUUGCGGAGGUGGAACAAGAACAAGACUAGUAAUUUGCCAGCUGACUCAUGGCAAAAGAUUAAACGAUCACAACUGUGAAAUUCUGGAUAAGCCUCCAGACCGGGAGCAGUGCAGCAUGCACCCUUGUCCAGGUAGUGUUUCAUGGCACCGAGGACCAUGGAAACCGUGUUCGGUGAGCUGUGGAAAAGGCACCAAGCAUCGGGAUGUUUACUGUGCUGAUAAAGACCAGGCCCAGGUGGAGGAAGAACACUGCAAACAGCUGUCGAAGCCUCGCAAUCACAAGCCAUGUAGGUCACAAAGAUGCCCUAGCUGGAAGGCCAACGGAUGGAAAGAGUGCUCUGUGACCUGUGGCGUGGGGAUUCAGCAAAGGGAAGUCUUCUGCAGACUGAAAAGUUUAGGUCGAGUUGAUGAAGUGAUGUGUGAUCCCCUCGCCCAACCUCCUCGUACACAGCCGUGCCGGUCUUCUUACUGUCUUCGUUAUGAAUGGAUUGCAGAUAAAUGGCAAGACUGCCCUGUUGCCUGUGGUGAAGGGAUAAAGACACGAAAGAUUGUGUGUGUUGAUCAAGCCAAGAAGCCUGUAGAUGACAGCCAUUGCAACUCUUCAUCCAAACCUCUUACUUCACAAAAAUGCAAAACAGUACCUUGUGAAUAUUUAUGGAUUACAGGAGAUUGGUCACAGUGCUCAAAAAGUUGUGGCUCUGGAUACCAGCAAAGGAUGAUUUCCUGCUCUGAGGUGCACUCUAUUCAAGAUCAUUAUUCCUAUGACUCCCAGUCUUUAUCUCGUGCCAACUGCCCAAAGCCACAACCUCCAGAUAUCCAAAAAUGUAACCUUAGGGAGUGUCCCCCAGCUGCAUCCUGGAAAGUAGGCUCAUGGAGUAAGUGUUCUAUGACCUGUGGAGCUGGUGUGAUGGAGAGAAAGGUGGAGUGUGUGACCUCCAAGGGUUUACAUUCUGAACCGUGUCAUCUAGACGAGAAGCCAGAAUCCACGGCUGCUUGUCAGGAUAAAGAGUGUGAAUUAUUGACAAGCUGCAGUGAUGUGCAGACUAAACAAGGACUUAAAAAAGAUGGUGAAUACUUGCUUAGGAUUAAAGGGAAAAUUAUUCAGAUUUACUGUGCUGAAAUGCAGUCAGAGUAUGCAAAAGAGUAUGUUACCUUACGCAGUGGGCAGACCGACAACUACUCUGAAGUAUAUGGAUACAGGUUGCAAAAUCCCUAUGAAUGUCCAUUCAAUGGAAGCAGACGACAGGAUUGCUUGUGCACAAAUGACUACCCUGCAGCAGGAUACACACUUUUCUACAGGGUUCGGCUCGAUGUCAGUUCCAUGCGGAUAAUAACUACAGAUCUGUUUUUCACUGAGACGCUGCUUGGGAGAGCAGUUCCUUUUGCCACAGCAGGAGACUGUUACAGUACAGCCAAGUGCCCACAGGGACAGUUCAGCAUCAAUCUGACAGGUACUGGACUGCGAGUAUCUGAAUUAACUAAGUGGAUAGCUCAGGGUAACUAUGCGGCAGUCAAAGUACACAGGUCUCAUGAUGGUACACGGAUCUAUGGAAGGUGUGGAGGCUACUGUGGGAAGUGCAUUCCUCAAACUAACUCUGGGCUUCAAGUCCAAGUUCUAUAAAGAAGUUAGGAUUUGAAGUACUAGGAAUCAAAAAUGAAAAGCAUAUCCGUCCAGAAUGUAACGUAUCUUGUGUGUAAAGACAAAGAUAUUUACUGCUUAUAUAAUAUUGCAUAUUAUUUGUCUGUUUUGGCAGCUACAGCAACAAGUGAUCCAACUGAGUUUAAUGGCCGCUUCAGCAUAAAAGGAAUUAAUAUGAAGAUAUUUAUUCAGUUUCUAAUAGUGACAAUGAUGAUUAAAUGCACUGGUAUAUUAAUGCAAGCUAGAACACACAUAGAGUAAAAGCACUAUGGGCUGGUGAUGUUUAAAUUGGUUUAAAAGUGUCUUAUGUCAGUCCAGAUUCAUAGGGACAGGUGCAUAGUAAAGAUGCUGGGUAUAACAUACAAAAUAAAAUACAAAACAUACGGUAUGUUACUGAUAGAGGUUUUCUCAUGUAUCUUAAAUCUUUUUCAGAAUGCAUGACCUAUUUAAAGACACAGAAAUUGGGUGCUUCCCUGAAGGUGUAAUGUCCAGUUACUGUAAUUGUAAUUUUACCUGAUUUUGCAGUACAUUCCUUUACUAAUCAAUGGUGCUCAUUAUCCAGCAGCUGGUUAAAUAGCAUUGUAUUUACAUUGACAUUACAGUCAUAUUCAGUAACUGAGUGAAUUACACUAGAGAUGAAUAAUGGUCAGAUAAGUCAUGUCCCCAGUAGCAAUUAUAGUUCAGUGUUGCAUGCCUUACAGAAAAGACAGCACAAGGCAGGCCCCUUAAAAUGGUAAGAGGUAGCCUUGAAACUGCAUUGAAUUCCAUGCUGAUUUAAAUAUACCUGGGUCUGUGUUUUAUUUUUCAUUCAUAUCGAAACAAAAACCUGUGAAAUCAGUAGAAAAACCAGUGGCCGUUCUUGUUGAAUUAGGAAAUGUAAGGCUUAAGGAUCAUUGGUACCCACCUCCGCAUUCUUGAUCACCAAUCAAAAACCCUUUAGUUACAUUUGUUGUUUUGUAAAAGAAACAACAAACAGUUUUAAGUUACUUAGAAAGGAAUUAUUAAGGCGCACAUAAGAGCUUCUAAACCAACCUCCUGGGGUUUUACUGUGAGUCUUUGUAACAUCAAUGCUUUUUUGUUCUCUUUUUUUAGAACAAAAUCAACUGGUGUUUGCUUAGCACUCAGGUAAAUGCUUUGUGAAUACAGACCUGUGUGUUUUCCUUAAUCUUUUAUGUUAUUUCUUUUGGGGGGAUUCUUAACCCAGCUUCUUGAAAAUGAUGAGUUACAGUGCAUGAAAAACCUAAUUUAGCCAGCUAGCGGACAAAAUAUAGGUCCGAAAAAAACAUCUUGCCAAUUCACUGGUGCAUAAACCCUACCUCUCAUAAGCAUGUAAAUAAGAGAGACGUAUUUUAUUAAGGUGUAAAAUAUUUAUUUAUUCUGUGCUGUUUUGUUCAUAUGUUGGAUGUUGAGUACUGUCAGCUAAGAAGCCAUUAUUUGCAUUUUUGUUGAAUGUUUGUAACCACUAGCUAAACAGAAAAGAAUGAUGUUAUUUUUACGGUGCUGUUAACUACUGAAAUUACCUCUCUUUCAAAAACAGGAGUUAUGUGGUGAUGUACCACUACCAUCAACUCUGCUGCCAGGUUUAUGGGAGUAGUAUUAAUAUUUACAAAGCUUCACACCAUUUCACGCUGAUACAAAUGCAGACAGUAACUCUUGGUGCUAAAAUGUUUGGAAAUCCAUAUAGUAUUUAGCUUCAACCAAAGUUUCCUUUUACAAUGCCUGAGUUGCACAGUG